UGGUUGAUGAACUCACAGGGAAGAACUGCUGGGUGAGGUCUGUUGUUGUUGCUGAGUAAAUAAUGCCGAAAAUCAGUAAACUUGAGACAGAAGAGCCAUGGGACUCAUUUAGUUAGUGAGGAUUUAAAACUGUCGUUUAUUCCGGACCAACAGACAUUUAUUCGGGAGCUUCUCUUGUUCCGCGUCCCGUUCAUACCUCCAGUGUUGCGGUGCAUCUCCCAUUAGCUCACUAUGGAUUGCUAGCAGCUAACCAAAGUCGCUAACGCUUCGUGCCAGUGCAGUGCACCUGUCACCGGCUUCUUUGUCUCACUCAUGUCAGUGGCUUCAUUGUCUAUUGUCUGUUAAUUAACACAACUUGUUAACAUAAACGUUAGCUACUUGUCCUGCUCACUUUUUUCAAUGUGGAAGGCGUCACUCUCCGAAAACAAGCUGCACUGCCAAAGCUAGACAAAGAAGAUGAACUGACGAUAACUCCCCGCGACCAGAAAUGCACGAUAUGAACUCUGUCCACGUCCCACUGGAUAUUUCUAAACCCAAAUAGUCAGCUAGUCUCGAAAAUAAUAAUUAUGGCGUCCUCAAAAGCAAAGGUCGGAGUCAACAGUGAGACCAACUCCCUGAAAGAAAGUAAAAGCAACGCCAGCUGUUCAGCUGGAGAAGCAUCACCAAACAACCGGUUAUAUUGCCUUGAUGACCUGGAGACCAUCGCCACAGUUGGCACGGGGACCUUUGGCCGAGUCUUCCUGGUCAAGGACAAGAAGAGCAGGGCCUUCUACGCCCUGAAGCAGAUGAAGAUCCCCGAUGUGAUCCGACUGAAGCAAGAGCAGCACGUCCACAAUGAGAAGGAGGUGCUGACGGAGGUCAACCACCCCUUCCUCAUCCGCCUGUUUUGGACCCACCACGACGAGCGCUUCCUCUACAUGCUGAUGGACUACGUGCCGGGCGGCGAGCUGUUCAGCUUCCUACGCAGCCGCGGGCGCUUCAGCAACGCCACCGGCCUCUUCUACACCUCCGAGAUCGUAUGUGCCAUCGAGUACCUCCACUCCAAAGAAAUCGUCUACCGCGACCUGAAGCCCGAGAACAUCCUGCUGGACAGCGAGGGGCACAUCCGCCUCACCGACUUCGGCUUCGCCAAGAAGCUCUCUGACAGGACCUGGACUCUGUGUGGCACCCCUGAGUACCUGGCUCCCGAAGUCAUCCAAAGCAAAGGUCACGGCCGAGCGGUGGACUGGUGGGCUCUGGGCAUCCUCGUCUUUGAAAUGCUGGCUGGGUACCCACCGUUCUUUGAUGACAAUCCAUUUGGAAUCUAUCAGAAGAUCCUGGCCGGAAAACUGGAAUUCCCACGCCAUCUGGAUUUCUAUGUCAAAGACCUCAUCAAGAAGUUUCUGGUCAUCGACCGAGCCAGGCGGUUAGGCAACAUGAAGAAUGGAGCAGAUGACGUGAAGAAGCAUCGGUGGUUCAAGACGGUCGACUGGGAGGCAGUUCCUCUGAGGAAGCUGAAGCCUCCCAUAGUCCCUAAAGUUUCCCACGAGGGUGACACCUCGAACUUUGAUGUUUACCCAGAGGACGACUGGAAGAAAGACCCCCCUGUGCCUCAGAAGGACUUAGAGAUCUUCAAGAACUUCUGAUCACUCAGCCCGGUUUAUUUAUUGAUGGAAUAUCUUGAGAAUUGACAACAUAUUGCAAAGUUGCUUUUACAAGUACAAUCAUGGAGCAGAUCCUUAUUUAUCAAAGCGGGGGGGGGGUCACACUUUAUCUGUAAUAAUGCCGUCCCCAAAGACAAACUCCAAAUGAUUGAUACUGUGACAUGUAUCAUACCACAGAGAUGAUUUGCUUUUUAUAUUUUUAUUUAUCUGACUCAAGUCAAACCUUUGCUGUUUAGAUUUUUUAUCACAGUUUUUUCUCUGAGCCUGCUCAUAUGCAAAAAAAAAAAAAAAGAAAAAAAAAAAUCUGGUUCCUCUGAAACCAAAAGACUGUUACUUUCUAGGUUAUAAC